AGACUGUGAUCACUCAAAUUUAGCAACUUCUGAACUAUUUAGGAUUGGUAUUACUAGAAAAAAAAACCUUUUUUUAUGUUUUGACAAACCAUAUAGUGACAUUUUUUGCCUUGUAGGAUUGAAAGGCAGUUUUGAACCCUUUUUUUUUUCCUGGAAGAUGAUUGAAUUGUCCCAGGGAUAUUACAUCUUAUGUAAACUUACAAAAUUCAGUGUAGCCAAAAGUUUUUAUUUUUGGAUAUUUCAAAUUUUCAAUAGGUACAUUUGAACACUUAGCUAAAUUUCAUAUUGUAAUUUGUGUGUAGUUAGCACUUGGAAAUAUUUACUUAUAUGGCAGGAAUAUCAUUACCUCCCGGAUUUCGUUUCCAUCCAACUGAUCAGGAAUUGGUUGGAUAUUACCUGAAAAGGAAAACUGAUGAACUUGAAAUUGAGUUGGAAGUUAUUCCAGUAAUAAACUUGUACAAAUUUGACCCAUGGGACCUUCCAGAGAAAUCUUUCUUGCCGAAACGUGAUAUGGAGUGGUACUUCUUCUGCUCUCGGGACAAGAAGUACCCGAAUGGCUCGCGAACAAAUCGAGCCACUAAUUCUGGAUACUGGAAAGCCACAGGGAAAGACAAGAAAGUUGUAUGUAAGCCUGCAGUUGUAGGAUACAGGAAGACACUAGUUUUUUACCGCGGAAGAGCUCCUCUUGGGGAUAGAACUGAUUGGGUAAUGCAUGAAUAUCGUCUCUGUGAUGAUGUUUCACAAGGCACUCAUAGUUUCCAGGGUCCUUUUGCUCUUUGUCGUGUCAUCAAGAGAAAGGACAACAUUUCAUCGAAGACGAGUGAUGUUCAUGGAGCUACAGUCUUUAAACAGCCUGAAUGCAGUUCAAGUAUCGAAGGUUUUACCUCAACGGUAGCCUUAAAUGAACCCCUUGUCCUUUCUGAUGACAUGCCAACUCCAGCUACAUACGUGUCCGGUAACAGCAACUAUUCAACUCCUAUUAAUUCUCCCUAUAAGACAACACAAGUAGAGGACUAUGACUCUGCAAACCUCUGGAUGUCUCAGAAUAGGGUUCUUGAUCCUUCAAAGGAAUGCCCUCAAGGAAGAAGUAUAUCUGGAAACUAUCCCCAUGUGUUCUCAAACUCAACUUCAUGGCAGCCAAGUGAUCAAUAUGACUUCACAUCAAGUUCAUCUUUCCUGAAUUUUAGAGGGGAAGUUGAACUUUCUGGUGAUCUCAGUGGCUAUGGCAAUGUAUCUCCCUUCUCAGUCCAUGGAAGCUACAUGGAGUUCUAUGGCAAUGAGGAUAUUUCAUUUAAAGGUUAUAACCAGAACGACUUAUUGGGCAAUCCAAAUCUCUUCUGA